UUUUUUUCAAAUUAAUUUUUAAAAAUUAUUUUAGUGAUUGCGCGUCAUUUAAUUUUUAUUAAACGUUAAAGAACGAAAAAGAAUUCAAUUGAUCAUUUAUAUUUUCUCUGUUCCGCACCGACAAAUAUGGGUAAAGUACGAAAAUUGAGGAAGAAAUACAAAGCCCUCAAAGUGGCGACAAAUAACAUGUCAAUUUCAAAGAAACAAAUUGGAAAUGUGAAAAGCGCCGCAUCGGUCUCCAAAACUAACAAUAAGUCAUUUGUAAGCGCGACGAACCUUUCCCAGAAUACUUUUCAGAAGCGACAACAUCGCUCUACUCAAAUUCACCUCGAUCGAUAUCAAGAACAAGUCCCUGAGCUAGAUGACAAACAACCCGCUACUCAGAAGCGUAACAAAUUCAAAAAGAAUAAGAUGGCGAUAGCGAAAGCUAAUCGUUCUCGAAAACAAGUGUCUAAAACACGACAAAAUAAUUUGGUUAGUGAUAUUUACGCGUUUAAGAAAAUUUUAAACGAGGAAUCAUUUCUCAAGAAUCCUCAAACUGUCAUAAUGAAUCAAACGUUGGAGAAAUUAAGUGCAGAAGAGAAAAUGACUGGCAAAGGCAUUUUUGCGAAGCAGAGCGGAAAUUGAUGGAUUGUUUGCAAGACGGAAAUCUGCAAUUUUGUCAUCAUUACCUAUACUAAAGCAUGGCUGUUUCGUAUGAACUUGAUGAUCAGCAUCAAUGUCGAAAAAUACAUAUUACGUUUAACGUUAUUGCCGACCCCUAGAUGAAAGAUUGUUUUCAAAGGACAUGCUGCAUGAUUAGUAUUGUUUGCUUAUAAGUGCUGUUCUCUCGUUUUGUACAAUCUCAUUAACCCGGCAUUGAAAUAAAUAAGGAUGAUAAUUAA